UCUCUUCCGUCAUGGAGAGUCAGAGCAGAGUCUUCGCUGCUGUUUUACCGGAUUUCGCCGGUGAUGAGAAAGAGCCGGGACUGGAGGUACGAGCCGUUAACCGUCAGAGUCCCGGUAACCGGCUCCGGGAGGUCCAGGUGACGGGAACGGCGGAGGUGUGUUGUCCGGCGGACCGAGUGUCGGUGCGGGUCAGUGUGAGCAGCAGCAAAGAGUCCGUGAACGAGGUGACCGGCAGCGUCUCGCGCAGACUUGAAUACAUUUUACAAACUGUCAGACAACAUGGUGUCGCUGAUAAAGACGCCUCAGUGAGGAAGUUCCUGCACCGAGAGGCAAACCAGUAUCACAUGGAAGCAGAGGUCGUGGUCACGUUCUCAGACUUUGAGAAGAUGGAGCGAGUGUGCAGCGUCCUGCUGGAGAAGCUGGACAGGACAGUCAGUGUGGGGACGCCGCAGUUCUUCCACAGCGCUGAAAGCCUGAAUCACAUGAGGCGGCGUGCGUGUGUGUCAGCCGUUGAAAACGCUCAGCAGAAAGCCUGCGCGGUCAGUCAGCUCCUGGGACAAACCCUGGGACCUCCGCUCCUGGUCCGAGAGGAGGAGACGAGGGAGUGGAGGACUGAGGACGAGGAGGACGCGGGCCAGGACGCAGCCCGUCAUCACCUCCCGCGCUCAGCCACAGUCACCGCGUCCUCACGCGUGUCUGUCUCCUUCAGCCUCAGAGACAGAGGCAGGAAAAAACUCUGAAGACAUUUAUCAUCGACUCGUGGAAACAAAGAGCUGACGGUCACAGUUUGAAGUAUUUUAUUGCUCGGCUGUGAUGGCUGAAUAAAAGUGCUUUUUUUUUUUCUUCCUCAGCCAACACAGUUUUGUAAACAGAAAAAGAACUUCAGAUUUUAAAGCAGUUUUGUCAUUUUAAGCAUUUGCGGGCAUAAUUUAACUUCAAAUCAGUAAAAUCAGGCACACGUUAAAGGGACAGUUCACCCCAAAAUGAAAAAAAAAACCAUGCUAUUUAUCAAUUUAGACUUUUUUUUAAGUUUGAAUAAAAAUUAAAUUGCUACACUUAGCGGCCCCUGCAGGUUUUUCCAUGCAUUUAUUUGUCUUGAUGGCCAUAAUGUCAACAUUCAGUACGUUUACAUGCAGUUUAGUCAAGCUACGAAUAAAACUUGAUUACGCCAUUAAAUUGAACCACCAGGGAAGAAUCCGUUUCUAGAUGGACGUAUGUCCGACUCUGUCACGGCAGGUGGAGAUAUGCCCUCUUUCAGCUGAUUGCAAUAAACUUACGUAUAUUAUUAAUAACUUCGGGACAGAAAACUGCUGCGUCACCUACAGAUAAUCAAACUCCGCCUUCAUUGAUUAGUUUUAAGCCACCUAAAAAAAAAAAAAAAAUUAAAUAAAAAGACAAAUGUUGCCUACGUUACAUAAAGAACAUUUUCAGCGUUUUACCUUGCUGUGAAUCUGCAUGUUUGAACACUUGGCAGGUGAAUUUUGAUAGAGAGAAAAUAGUUCCUACAUGAAACUGCUCUCACUGACGUCUGUGG